AAAUACUUUGUGAGCCUUGGGAUUAUCCACCUCUACAAGUUAGAGAAAAGAUUUACUCGAAACAACCACGUCCAGAGAUCACCAGUGUCAACCAUGAAUGACCCAGCGGAGAUGUCGGUGAAGUGCGUCCUGGUUGGGGACAGUGGGGUUGGCAAGACGGCCCUCCUGGUCCGCUUCACCUCAGAGACCUUUCCGGACACCUACAAGCCCACGGUGUUUGAUAAUACAGGGGUGGAGGUGUACAUGGACGGGGUUCAGAUCAGCCUGGGCUUGUGGGACACGGGGGGCAACGACAACUUCAGACAAAUCCGCCCGAGAUCGUACCAGCAGGCCGACGUCGUCCUCAUCUGCUACUCUGUGGCCAACCCCAACUCUCUGGCCAACGUCCAGCACAAGUGGAUGGCCGAGGUUCGAGAGAACUUGCCCAGGGUGCCCGUGCUGGUUGUGGCCACCCAGACGGACCUGCGGGAGACGGGGGCACAUCGGAGCAGCUGUAUCUCAGCAGCGGAGGGGAGACGCAUGGCUCAAGAAGUCCACGCCAAAGGCUACCUGGAGUGCUCCUCCCUGAGCAACCGAGGAGUGCAGCAGGUCUUUGAGUACGCGGUGCGGACGGCUGUUAACCAGGUCAGGAAACAGGCCAGGAGACGCAUGUUCAGUGUAAACCAGUGCAAAGUCUUUUGACCUUUGACCUCUGACAUGGUGGAUUGUCUUGAACUGUCAUGACUUGACUCAAUGUGUGCUACUGUUCAAACUCAGAGAGACCUUGUCUAACCCUAAGCCUUGUGCAGAGUUGGAUUUGAUUUAUACUUUCUCACUAACAGGGUUUUACUCCUAAGCAGCCAUCAUGCAAAUGUUUGAGUUGAAAUUAUACUUUUGUUUGCUCAAUGGUGUGACGUUAGACAUUAGUCUAUUCUUCUGAUCUGUUUUUAAGCAAUCAACAGUACAUUUCACGAGAUACUUCAAGUGGGGCAUCAGAGGAUGUUUUGUCAAUACCUUUACUAAAAUUUAAGCAUUUUAAGCUUUGAUGGUGAUGUAGAUAGCAUGUCAUUUUUCUAAUUAUUUUACAUUAGGUCAGCCGUGUAAAGAUGAAGACAAAGAAGAAAAAGAAUAUGUGAGUCUGGAGCUUGAUCUGCAAAUGAACUUAAGAAUUUCAGCGAAAACCAAAUGUGUGUCUUUAUCACCACAAAUAAAAUGACACAACCAGCUGUAUGGAGCUUUAAAUGUGAUUUACCCAUUUGACUAAAUCAA